CAUAAGUUUUCAUUUAUUUAGUGUGUGCAGUGUGUUUGAGUUACAUCUCCAAGCAGGUUUUACCAGACGAUCGCGAAUAACGUGUUUCUCAUCCAAGUUGUUUGAAUUUAAAAAAAUAAAUGACUGCCAAUGUAGAUUCUGGUCGAUUCGUGAAAUGACCGUUGGAUCAGUCCAUCGCAGAUAGUUCUCUCUAGUGUACGUUAUUACUUUGGAGUUUUAAAUAAAAAUUAAAUAAUUUAGUUUCUAUAGAAAUCGUUGUGUUUGCUAUGGAUAGAGCAUUAUUAUUCAUCUCGCUGGUCAUUUGUAUUUCUUCUGUGAUAUCACAAUUUUUUCCUGAUGGCGUGUCAGAUCUACCUGACUCAGAGUACGAUAAGACAUCAACGCGGGAAGCCCAUACGCACAGACAUCGUCUCCUUCCGAUGCAAUUGGCAGCAUCCACACAGAGAAUCUCCACCGAUGGCAGAAUAAUUUUUCCUGGUAAUCCGAUAAUCUCCAGGAUGGCCCCUGACCUCCCACUUUCCUGCUCCGACUCAACUUUCUGCGAGAACGUCCCUAAUUAUCCCAAAGAGUUCAUUAUGAAUGCAAUCAAGGCGAGACGUAACGAAUUCAUGCACUUGGCAAUUGUCGAUCCUCCAUUCGAUGUCGGUCAGAGAAUCGGAGUGUCAGAAUUCGAAUCUCUCUGCGAUACUGAUGCCACUAUUGUUUUUCCCAAAGCAGCCAAAACUAUCAAGGACGAGUGGUUGUUCAUCGUCAAUACAGAAUCUGAAAGGGAUAACGAAAAAAAUUUCCAACAGGGAUUUCGUAUCCAGAGGUGCAGCAAUCCAAAUGACACCUGCAGGAUUGUGGAUCAUGCUGCUGCAGCAUCGGGAUACGAUACAGUGUGCAAACAGCAACAUAUCGUCCGACAAGCCCUGGGAGUUAAGAAUGGGGAGCUCACAGAAGGUGUAAUUAUGCUCCCUACUAGUUGCUGUUGUUAUCUACGGUACAGGGGUGUAGCGAGGGGUGAAGUAUCCUCCCGGAUGGCUGACAUGAGCAGCGAGAGUGCUCCGCAGAAAGGCAUGUCACGUCAUUAAUUAUUAUUGAUUGCAAAUCAACACGAUGUUGAUGAAUGUGAAAAGACAGAGGGCUGAUUAGUUAUAAUUAUGUGGAAUUUUUGAAGCGAAAGUGUGGCGGUUAUUUUACCAUGUUUUUUUUAUAACAAUUUUUUUUGUCUCAACGUAACAUUCAAAUUCCCAUGUAUCUGAUGUUGAGCUAAAAUCAUCCAAGCAUUAAAGAUUUUUUUUUUUUACAAA